AGCGAUCGAUCAACAGGCGAUCGAAUUAUUAUUUCAUAUUUCUUUCGGUUUUCUAGCUCAAGUUUUUUUUGUCGCUCCGCAUCAAUCCGGAGCCAACGUGCAUUCCAGAAAGUGUUUGACGGAGGCGAUAACCAGCAAGUGACGAAUCCGGUGGCACAGUUCGAUCGUCGCAAUCGUCUGUUGUCCAAACAGAAGAGUGUCGUGUCUGUGUUUGUGGCCCCGCGUGAUUGCAUGUUUCGGCAGGAUCGGCCGGACUUCGGGUUCAGCUCCGGCGUGUGUGUGGUAAACGUGAAAGUGAAGUGAUAAUUUUCGGUCUUCAACUUUCGAUUGCUCAGAAGCUUUCCGGUCCGUCAGCCGAAAACAAAAAAAGAAGCAAGAGGAAAGAAGUGAACGGGAACAGCGCCUACUACUGGCCUGGUGCGCCGCCCCAAGAGCCCGUUAAUCAUCAUCAUCACCAGCAGCAACAGCGACAGAGAGCCGUUCCUUUGCUAAAGUGCGCUUCGGAAAAUUAAUUGUCGAUUGCAGAUCGAAAUCGGGCACCGCUUCUACCGCUUUCGGUUGACCCAGACCCAGAGUCACUUGGGAGAUUGCAACGAGAUCGAGGUUUCGUAUUCGGUGCGCCCCGGUCCUCGACCUAGCUAGAGGCAGUCCCCGAAGGUUCCGCUGUCGAUUUCGCCCCGCCAGCCCCGACACCGGAGUUUCAGCAAACGCUUCAAAAUGCGGUGGAUUGGUGCACUCUCUUCACUGCUCCCUGUGCUUCUGCUCCUCCUUCUCGAUGGUGAGACGGUGCAAGGAUCACCGUAUCCACGACCGUUCCCUCAAACGUUGCGCCGCCUACCACGACGAAAUGACUACAUUGCCUACAACCUGCAUCGCACCAUCCGGCCACGCGAUGUGAACGAGCUUGGCGUGAACCAAGCGCGGAAGGCGAUGCACGAUGUGCACGAAACGAUUGCCGAGGUGCAGCGGCUCCUAGCGCUCGAUCCUUCGCUUCCCAGACUUACCAGGGGAGAGAUUGAGGAGCUGUUUGAGAAUGUGACGCGGGAAGAGUUCGCAAAAUCGAUCCGCGCUGGCGAUCACACUCGGGCACAGCAUAUGCGAGCGCUCAUGCUGGUGCUGCCCUAUCACGCUAACAACAUGUCACCGGAGAAUCUGCAACAGAUCUACACCCGGCCACCGGUCACUCGAAUCGUCGGUGCAGCUGACUCAUCACAUCAACGACCAAACGCACUGCCUGUCGUCGGUACGACUACCGCGACGAGCACAACAACGACACCUAGUCCACCAGCACCACCACCAGCACCAGUGCGCACCACGAUGGCGGACCUACCGGUGACAACGAUCCGUUUUACGACACCACGGCCAACCACCUUCCAUCCAACGCUACCGGAGCGAAUGCGUGAUCCUGGUGCACGACUGCGACCGGAGGAACUGAACGACAUCCUGUCCGCGAUCGGUCUCUCCCAGAGUCCUCCCUCCUUCCGGCCGAUGCCAACGACCACAACGACCACGACGACCACGACGACGGAGCAACCAACCACCACGACACCGGCCCCGGACACACCGAUCAGCAACUCGAUCAACGUUGACGAUCCGAAGGUUGCCCAGGAGCUAAAGGAACUACUCCGAUCGUUCGGUCUGCUAAAGGAUGAAGGCAGUAGCUUCGGAUCACCGACUGCACCGGCCGGGAUUGAGAGCCUGGCCAACAUACAACCGUCGGCACUCGUCCUUCAUGAGCCGCUGCGUGUCGAGGAGUCACUGCCAACGAUCGAUGAACCGAGUGCAUCGACGACGACGACGAUGACGACGACGGCUGCUUCCUCUCCUCCGGUGGUCGACGAGGAGAAACCGGUAACCGGUGGUCUAACGCAGGCCAAGGUGAGCCCGGACGAUUACAUCGCUUUUAAGCCACUUCCGAUUCGUAUCCUGGGUGAGGAAAGUGGCGAAGACACGCAGAAAACGCGUGAUGCAGAGUUGGAUCAACUGUUGCAGUCUUUCGGGCUGCUCAGCCCAGGACGAAGCAAGAAGUCAAUGCAUCGGCCAGAGCAACAGCAGCAACAGCACGCCAAGCCGGACACGACACCACCCACCAUGACGGCGAUGCCAGCGAUCGAUGCGGAUCUCGUUGCACCGCAGCUCAUGUCCGUCCUGGGGACACUCGGUAUUCAGAUGCGGAAUGGAGCGACCGUGAACCAAGCACCAGCACCAUCACCAACGUACCGUCAUUCCGUAUCACGUCGAGAGAAAUCUGGACGUAAGCUGGAACCACCGACAUCGGCCGCCAUGUUGAUCGGUGAUGCGUCGCGUAAACCAGUGGCAACCUCUUCGUCACCGACCUCGUCUGCAUUGUUCCAUGUUAACAACGAAGACUACAACAAGUUGCAGCAGCUGUGGCAAGCGGUAAAGGAACUGGAGAAACUGAACGUUAGCCUAUCCGACGAGUCGCUCGAUGUGCUCAACCCGAAGCACUACGACCUGAGCCCAACGCUGUUGGCACAAGGACCGGAUCCACUCGAUGGGGUCGAAGCGCAGGAACGGUUAAACGAGAUCAAGAAGCGACAGCAACCGGGCACGGCCACGACAGCGGACGACGAUGCAACGGUACCAGUGAGCGAUAGUCCGACGAGGUUCAACCUGGAUUUCGAUACCAACACGGCCGAAAACGAUACCCCAUCGUCAUCGUCCAGUGCUGCUACACCAACGGCGGCCGCGGCCGAGUCGGACAGUGAUGCCAAGGAGUCCUCCACGACCACGACGACGACGAGCAGCACCACCACGACGGAGAGUGCACGGAAUGCGGCUCUGCUCGAGGAAUCAUUCCCAUCGGCCGAUCUGGCCGGUGAUCCGGUGAACGAGGAACCGUUGCCACCGCCGCGCCGCACCGGUUUCUACUUCCUGUACGACUGGAACACGUUCCUGGAGGUGGGCGAAGAGCCGAACAAGGUCAUCAUUCGCUACAACCCGAAGGCGGGCGAUCCGAGCCGCUUCCUACCGGUCAACGUACCGUAGAGAGGGUUCGCUCCGUACCGGAUCUUUAGUGUAAAUAGAUAGGUGUCGAUCUUGUGUUGUGGGCUAGCGUAAAUUAUCAUCCUCCUCCUAUUUAUUUUGUCCCUCGUCCUCGGAGCGUUAGGCACUCGCUGCUUUCGAAGGUUAACAUAGUCUGUAGUAGGGAUGCCGGCACCAGUCGUUGUCGGCGUCGGCGGUGGGAACACACACGGGUUUUAGGGGUUACUAACUGCUGCUGCUGUUGUCGCGGCGACUACUGUAAGGAACACAUCGUAUGGGUCCAGAUUUCCAGCGAAUAACGAAGCGAAGCGGAACAAGGCUAGACGAUAAGUCGCACUGCGCGUCGCUUUUUAAUCAAAUAAUGCCUACAAAAACAUCCAAAUUAACAAGCUGUACUAUUUUAUGAAAACCCCUCUUUUCUCGAUUCAAUAAAGAACGCGAAUAAGCGUGAA